UCCCCGCGCGGUCCCGGCGGCCCAGGGUGAGUCGGCCCCGGCCGCGGGGCGGGGACUGGGAGGGGCGCGUUCCUGGAAACCCGACCCAGUGGAGGCUGCGGCCCCCGGAGUGGGCGCCCGGAGCUCGAGAAGGAGCGGACCCGCAGCCGGCACUGCCGCCUCCGCUCGCCUUGGGUCCGUAACCCUCCUCGGGGCGAAGGGCCCUGCGCCCCGGUCCAUGCCGGCUGUGGUCGGGGGCGUGCGGCCGGACCCCAGAGACCCGCUCCCCCGAGCCGACGGCUGCGCAGAGAUGAGGCUGCAGGCGGGGAGGCCUGGCGAGGUGGGGCUGCUCCGGGGAGAACCAGGCUCUGCCCCUCGCGAGCAUCUGCCCGAUGGCGGGCACUUCCCCGCAGCCUCGCUCCCCGGCGGACGCCGUUUUCCGCAGCUUUCAUUCACCCUGCGCAGAGGCUGAGGCUGAGGCAGGAGGAUGGCGUGAACCCAGGAGGCGGAGCUUGUAGUGAGCCAAGAUCGCACCACUGCACUCCAGCCUGGGCGACAGAGGGAUACUCCGUCUCAAAACAACAACGACAAUAAGAGUUAACAUUUGGACUGAAACCUGCUGACCGAGGGAAGCAGCCACAGAUCCCUGAGGAGAAACUCCCAGGCGGGGGAACAGAGAGAAGGCUGGCAUGGCUGCGGCGUAGUGAGCAGGGUGCCCCAGGUCCCCGAGGAACAGGGCUUAUUCUAUGUAAGGAGGGAGGUGACCCCCUCCUAGUCUUCCAGACCCCAGUUAAAUGUUACUUCCCCCAGUAACAUUUCUGGGUGGUCCUCCUUCUAAAUUAGCACCCUCCUCCCCUUGACAUUCUCUCUCAGCGCUCGCAGCAACAGUUUGAUCUGUUGUCAUCAUAUCAUUGCUCGAUUAUUUUUAGCCCAGUGCUGUUUAAUCUGACUGAAGGUUUAUUUCCUGAUUCCAAAAAUAGAGCUAAAAGCAGGUUUUUUCCCCUCUAACCAGGUAGCCCCUCCCUGAGGACAUGCACUCCCUAGACAUGAGCAAACAAAAAGCCGCAGUGGUAACUUACCCUCUUAGUCCAAGUCCAACCGUAGUCCGGGGUUGCAGUUCUUACCAGAGUGGAGCGUGGGAUGUGUUGAGGGAUCAGGGGGUCGAGUCUUCUGGCAGCCUCAUACCCUGAGAUGCUCUGGUGGCCUUGUUGGAGUGAGGACAACACGUGUGACCAUCGCAGUGGCCCAGAAUUCACUGUCUCUAGCACCUGCUCCUCCUCAGAGGGUACCCUGGAAUGACGAUGGCACUCCUGAUGCCUGGACCCCAGGAGGCUGUUGUGUUCGAGGAUGUGGCUGUGUACUUCACGAGGAUAGAGUGGAGUUGCCUGGCCCCCGACCAGCAGGCCCUCUACAGGGACGUGAUGCUGGAGAACUAUGGGAACCUGGCCUCCCUAGGCUUUCUUGUUGCCAAACCAGCACUGAUCUCCCUCUUGGAGCAAGGAGAGGAGCCGGGGGCCUUGAUUCUGCAGGUGGCUGAACAGAGCGUGGCCAAAGCCAGCCUGUGCACAGAUUCCAGGAUGGAGGCCGGGAUCAUGGAGUCUCCUCUGCAGAGAAAGCUCCCCAGGCAGGCAGGACUGCCGGGCACCGUGUGGGGGUGCCUCCCCGGGGGACACCCCGCACCACCCCACCCACGUGGCAGUCCUGAGGACGGGUCAGAUAAACUCACCCGCCCCCGGGCUCGGGAGCGCAGCGCCUCCCCACGGGUUCUGCAAGAAGACCCGGGCCGGCCUGUGGGGAGCUCAGCCCCCCGCUACAGGUGCGUGUGCGGCAAGGCGUUCAGAUACAACUCACUGCUGCUCAGGCACCAGGUCAUCCACACCGGCGCCAAGCCCUUCCAGUGCACGGAGUGCGGGAAGGCCUUCAAGCAGAGCUCCAUCCUGCUGCGGCACCAGCUGAUCCACACCGAGGAGAAGCCGUUCCAGUGCGGCGAGUGCGGCAAGGCCUUCCGGCAGAGCACGCAGCUGGCUGCCCACCACCGCGUCCACACCCGCGAGCGGCCCUACGUGUGCGGCGAGUGCGGCAAGGCCUUCAGCCGCAGCUCCCGGCUGCUGCAGCACCAGAAGUUCCACACCGGGGAGAAGCCCUUCGCGUGCACCGAGUGCGGCAAGGCGUUCUGCCGCAGGUUCACCCUCAACGAGCACGGCCGCAUCCACAGCGGGGAGCGGCCCUACCGGUGCCUGCGGUGUGGGCAGCGCUUCAUCCGAGGGUCCUCGCUCCUGAAGCACCACCGGCUGCACGCCGAGGAGGGCCCCCAGGACGGCGGCGCGGGGAAGGGCGCCUUGCUCAGAGCGGCGCAGAGGCCCCAGGUGGGGGACCCGCCCCACGAGUGCCCGGUGUGCGGGAGGCCGUUCCGACACAACUCGCUGCUGCUGCUGCACCUGCGCCUACACACGGGCGAGAAGCCGUUCGAGUGCGCGCAGUGUGGCAAGGCCUUCGGUCGCAAGUCCAACCUCACUCUGCACCAGAAGAUCCACACCAAGGAGAAGCCCUUCGCGUGCACGGAGUGUGGCAAGGCCUUCCGCAGGAGCUACACGCUGAACGAGCACUACCGGCUGCACAGCGGCGAGAGGCCAUACCGGUGCCGCGCCUGUGGGAGGGCCUGCAGCCGGCUGUCCACCCUCAUCCAGCACCAGAAGGUGCACGGCCGCGAGCGCCAGGAGGACACGGAGGGCAGGCGGGCGCCCCGCUGGGCUUCCCGAUGAUGGGGACGACAGGCCGAGGAUUCACGCGGGAGGCCCACCCAAGCUGGCGGG